AAUGGAUGUACGACUACUUAAAUAUGACAUUUUUUCAUCUCCAUCUGCUCAAAAAUCAUCGAAAGGAUUUCUUCCAAAAUUUGAGGAUAGAAGUUUGACGUCAUUACUAAAAUAUAAAAAUGAAACAAUAAAAUAGCCAAUUCAUUCAAAAAUCUUCAAACCAUAUGGAGAAGAAUCUGAAACCAAGACUUAAUAAAUUAUGUAUACAACUGCGAAGUUGUCUUAUUCAAGUUCUGUGAAAAAUAUCAAUAAAUUUCCAGAGGUUCAAUUAGAUCCAAAAGCUGUAAAAUUGCUAGGAUAAGGUAGACAUUAUUUAAGAAGUGAUUAUUAAACUAAAAGAAAAUUUUAGGAUGCAAAAAAUAAUCAACGAAUAAAAAAUCAUUCUCAUGAUUAUAUGAUGUAAAAUAUAUAAAUGAAGUUUUGUGAGAAAUCUGUAAAAUCAUAAUUUAAAGCAAAUUUAAUAUUUUUCAAGAAAACAAAAAAUAUUCCAGCUUAGAUUUAAUUAUUAAAGAAAGAGGAGGAAAGAAAAUCAAUGCCUGAAACAAAGAAUGAUUUUUAUGAUACUAAAUAAAGAAAAAAAUAGAUGGCAUCUAAUAAAUAAUAACAUACUGAUCAUUCAAUGUUUUCAAGUACCUUUAGAGAUAAUUUUUUGAAAAGUUAAAGAAGCAAUUUUCAUCCCAAACCAACUAGUUAAGAAAAGUCUACAAGACAGGGACAUAAAAAGACUUAAUCUGUUUAGUAUUUGAUUUAUAAUAAAUAAAACUAGAACAUAGAGUCAAAUGGAAGAAGGUAAUAAAGAAGUGCCACUUUUUAGCAACAAUUAUCAACCUAAUAAUUGA